CAAGAAGGGAGAGGAUCCCCUUUCAGGUCGGCGAGGAGGUCGAAUGCACGACAUUCAUGGAAGGGUAUCGAGGCUCUUGGUUUCGUGGCAAGGUAAAGGAAUGGCGGCGCUGUCUUGCUCGAUCUUGAGGCGUCCUUCUCACAGAUUUUGGAAUGGAAGAGGCCUCCCAGCGGCGCAAGAUGCUUGGUGCGAUAUUUGGACUUCACAGAUAGUAUGUGGUGUUGUGGUGAUUCUUUCCUCGGGCGGAUUUCUCACCUCUAUAUCUUCCCCUCUCACAUUUCUCGCUCGAGCAGGAGACUACUCGCACAAGCUCUAUCAGCUGGUGCCAAACAAGCGGCCGAUGAAGAGGAUGAUGAUCCGGCCAGCGUAUCCUCUCAUGGUCACUCCGGCCGAUCCGAAAGAGGUUUCCAAGCUACAUUCUUUCUUCGAUCGGGAUUGGGCGGUGGGAGAUCACGCCGACUACGUGCUGAGCGGCGCGUUUUGGGAGUGUAUGGUGAUCGAGAUGGUGAGCGCCGAAGUUGUGAAGAUUCGGUGCCCCGAUUUUCCGUUUGGAGAGGGAGGAGACUAUCAAGUUUGCAAGAAUGAGCUGAGACCAGGCUUGCAAUGGUCGAUGGAGUCUGGCUGGUCCGUCAAGAAAAACACGCUCAUGCCUGAGCUUCCUCCUCUGGUAAACCUGGAGAGUCCUGCUUUUGCUACUCGACGAGAAGAAAGACACAAGCUUUCUCCUAAAGUGGCGAGCAUGAUCACAGACUCCGGACCUGAUGAAAGCUCGACGUCAUCUGCUCCAUGUGCGGCAGAGAAUGAAAAUGCAGCAGCUGAUCAAGGAUUCCUUGACGAGCAAACUACGUCAGAUGAGGAGGAGUUGGAAGAUAUGUCCACGCUAGGAGAAAUGGUGGAGAAGGUCAGAUUCAUGAGGGACGUGCUCGAGUAUGGGAUGCGAGGCUGUUUAGAGCUCAGAUCGCAAGUAGACUGGGAGAUAGCUGCUAAUCAGUAGGAUUACUUACUACUUCGGGGAUAGUCGACGACCAGUAUCUAACUACAGAAGCACCUUUCUGGACGCAGAAGGAAAUGA